GUCAUUUCCGAGGCCUUUUUUUCCUCUUCCGUUACAGUGUGUGCAGCUCGUGUGAGCGGCUGAAAUGUAAAUAAACUCCACGUCGGAUGUUUUUUAUAUUAUUUUUUUAAUUUAGAACUUCUUCGACUUCGCAAAGAUGUUUUCCUCUGUGGGGUCCUUUAUUAAACGCCACAAAAGGAAGUUUCUUUUCACGGGAGCUGUGGUUGCAGGAGUUUACCUGCUGGGAAAAUAUGCCCAGAAGAAGUUGAAGGAGGUCCAGGAGAAGGAGGCUGCAGAGUACAUCGCUCAGGCCAGGAGGCAGUUCCACUUUGAGAGCAACCAGAGGACCUGCAACAUGACGGUGCUGUCCAUGCUCCCCCCACUCAGAGAAGCCAUUAUGACCCAUCUGGACUCAGAGAGUCUGACCACACUGCUGAAAACCAAACCAGCCAACAAGUUGGAGAUCUGGGAGGAUCUGAAGAUCAUUAGUUUUACACGGACCAUAGUGGCUGUGUACAGCUCCUGCAUGCUGGUGGUUCUGCUCAGAGUCCAGCUCAACAUCAUUGGGGGGUACCUGUACCUGGAUAACUCUGCAGGGAGGAGCCCAACGACGCCUCUGGCUCCUCCAGAUGUCCAGCAGCAGUACCUGUCCAGCAUCCAACACCUGCUGGGAGAUGGUCUGAUGGAACUGAUCAGUGUGGUGAAGAGGGCCGUGCACAGCUCCUUGGGGGGUGUGUCCCUGAAGCAGACUCUGUCUCUGCUGGAUGUGGAGCAGCAGCUCAGCUGGAUCAGAGCUGAGGUGGAGGGGGCGUCCAGACACCCGCUGUCCUGGUACCUGCUGUCUGAUGAUGAGAGUGCCCUUGCUGAUCAGGCAUGCGGACUCACUGAGAACGACGUCAUGACCAUCAGACUGUUAAACGAGACACGGGACAUGCUAGACAGUCCAGACUUUUCGGCUGUCCUUGCCGCCUGCCUGAACCGUGCUUUCUCCCGUCUUCUUGACAACCUGGCAGAGUUUUUUCGCCCACCUCUGGGUGGCUCCGCCCCCUCUUCUGCACCUGACAGCCUGUCUGUGGUCAGUCUGCCUCUGGCGAAGAUCGUCCCUAUUGUCAACGGUCAGAUCAACAGCAUCUGCAGCGACGCCCCCAGCCCCUUCGUGCAGGAGCUGUUGAUGAGCGACCACAUGAAGAAGUUUGCAGCCAAUGUUUAUGAGACCUUCAGCACACCACAGGAGCUGCAGAAAUGACCGAAAGGGGGAGGAGCUUUGGCAGGAGUCCUGCUGUACAUGCCGCCCCCCUCUUUUUUUUUGACGAUCACCCUGAACGGGAGACGGUCUGUGUUUGAAGCAGAGCCUGCAGUCGUCCUCCCUCUGCUUCAGAAACGGUGUGUGGGGAGGCGCAGCAGUCACCCCCCACCCCUGAGCGGGGGCGGAUCGGUCAUCUGUCCUGCGGCUCAUCAGACCUGCACCCCUGCAGACUGUGGUUUUCAUGGCAGCUGCUGCUUCAGGGCUCUGACUGCUUUAAACUUUGGAGCCGACCUGGAUUCAAAUUCUGAUGAAAACAGUUGAAAGAAACGUUCAAUUCCCAGCCUCAGAGCUGUGUGGAGCUGUGCCGCAGCGGCCUGUUGGAGUCUCCGAGCAGUCGGCCACCCACUGUAGACUGCGCCAUGAUGGGAGGGGGUGAGGUUAUCUGUCACAUCUGUUCGGAAUCAAAAGCAGAUUUGUGUCUUUUAAUAAAGUUUGGACUGUA